UGCAGAAUGUGUUUCUGCUACUCCAUGUGUUUGGUCUCUUCCAUAACACCCUUUUGAUAAAAUGGUACCGUCCUCGGUGUCAACAUGGAGUCCCUGGCAAGAAUGGAACCCGGUGCUAUCAGCACAUUGUUUCGAGAAUAUAGUGCACACCCCAUCCCUAUUUCGGCCUUCUUGACGAUUGAUGGAAAUAUAUUGAAAGGCAGAACUUUCAAUUUAUCGACAGAGUGGAGUCAGAGUGAGACAGUCGGGGGAGCCAGACUGCGAUAUGCCCAACAGUGGGUACUGAUUCAAAACAACAAUAAAGAGACUGACAUAGACAUCCUACCCCCAAACCCUGGCAGCCUUUUACACGGAGAACUGCUGAGUUCUUAUUCCCCUUCUGGAGAUCUGAAAGCUGUUGUCAGGGAGACCAGCAGUCAGAGGGGACAUCAGUUCCUAGAGGUGUGGAGCAACUAUGGUAUGAAAAAAGUCCUUGAUCUAACAGCUCUCAACAAACACGGACGAGUGUAUGAAGAUGGUCAGUUUGGGUGCCUUGCCUGGUCGGCGUGUGAGAGCAGGGUGCUUUACGUAGCCGAGUGGAAGAGGCCUACAGUAGAGUCAUCUGAUUCAGCAUCCAGCCCAUCGGCAGUAGACUCAACUGCAGGGCCCUCUGGAGACUGUUCUGGAAAGGAGGACGGGCAUUUAUUCUGGGAUGACUGGGGUGAAGGCCUGACCUCAAAGAGUGUCCCUGUGCUGUGCGUGGCCGACGUGGGCAAAGGAACGGUAACGGUGUUACAGGGUGUUCCUCCACAUGUGUCCCCAGGCCAGGCUCUGUGGGCCCAUGAUGGCCAGGGUGUGUUUUUUGUGGGCUGGUGGCAUGAGCCCUUCAGACUGGGCCUGAGGUUCUGCUCCAAUAGGAGGUCAGCUCUGUUCUCUCUGGACCUGGAAGGAAACUGUGAAUGUCUAUGUGGGGACACAAACUCUGUUUCUUCCCCCCGCCUGAGCCCUGAUGGAUGCUUUCUGGUGUAUCUGCAGGGACAGGUGUUUGGGCCCCAUGGCCAGUGUCUUAGCAUGCAACAGUAUGACCUAGAAAAGAGGACUAUCUCUGUGCUGGUGGAUGUAGUCCAGAGACCAAAGAAAGAGGACUUUGCUGGGCUGUAUGAGGCUCUACCGCCUCGUUGCUGGGCCGCAGACAGCCAGAGAGUAGUCUUCAGUAGUGCCCGGAGAAACUGGAGGGACCUCUUUGUGGUGGACAGGACCACUAGGAGAGUGACUCGCUUGUCAGACCCUGAGAUCGUUGGGAGCUGGAAGCUGCUAACCAUCCAGAAUGACCUGAUGGUUGUCCACUGUUCCCAUCUGAAUGAGGCCCCACGCCUGGCGGUGGCUUUCCUUCCAUCGGCUGGGUUGGAGGCACAGGUGUCCUGGGACCCUUUGGAUGAAGGGCGUCUGCUUGGUGUUAUCGUUGACAUUUUGGACAUUAGCCCUACGCCGCAGGAGGACAAUCCAGAGUACUCUGGCUUAGACUUCGGUGCCCUGCUGGUGACCCCAAACCAUCUCCCCUCAGGCACCAAGGUCCCUUUGGUGGUGUUUGUCCAUGGUGGACCGCACUCCCAGUUCUUUACAGAGUGGAAUGUCACCUCUGCAGGCCUGGCCACACUUGGCUUUGCUGUACUCAUGGUAAAUUACCGGGGUUCCACUGGCUUUGGCCAGGACAGCAUUCUCUCCCUGACUGGUAACAUCGGCAGCCAAGAUGUCAAGGAUGUGCAGAGGGCUGUGCUUACUGCAAUCUCUGACCAAACUGCUUGUGAUAAGGCUGUUACCCUGGACCCUAACAAAGUGGUGGUGAUGGGUGGGUCUCACGGUGGCUUCCUGGCCUGCCACCUGAUUGGCCAGUACCCGGAUUUCUACAAGGCGUGUGUCGUCAGGAACCCGGUGAUCAACGCCGCCACCCUACUGGGAACCAGUGACAUUGUGGACUGGCGUUACUCCUGUAUGGGACUGCAGUACUCUUACGACCAGCUGCCCACCCCGGAGGCCCUGACUACCAUGCUCCAGAAAUCACCCAUCACCCACGCUCCGCAGAUCAAGGCCCCUGUUCUCCUGCUGCUCGGAGGAAAGGACAGGAGAGUGUCCCCUCACCAAGGCCUGGAGCUGUACCGCGCUCUGAAGAGCAGGGGCUCGCCCGUCAGGUUACUGUGGUUUGAAGAGGAUGGUCACUCUCUGGACCGUGUUGACACCCAGGCUGACUGCUUUCUCAACACAGUGCUGUGGUUCCAACAGCACCUCCACCUGCACUGACAACUGGUUUGACUGGACACACACACAGUGAACUGAAAGACAUCACUCUUUUGUAUGGUACUACUUUAGUAUACAUUGAAUUUGAUUGAUAAACUACCAUUUUCUGUAGACUGUUUUUCUACUGGGUUGUUAACAAAUUCAUUGUUACCAGAUUCUGCAGAUGUGAUUUUUUUUUACUAUUGCAUUGUGUUGUCUUGUCAACAAUAAAUGUUUUGUAUGUUAA